GCUAAAAAAUUGGUGGGCUCUGCUGUGAAAAGGUGGAAAAAUCGUCAUCUGCGUAAUAAAUGUUCAUUUUCUGAACCGAUUUUAUUCCGGAAAGGCAAAUUUCCUAAUCGUUGGCUUUCGAGCCCGAUUCCCGAUCAGCCGAGGUAAAUAGAAGUGAGUGAGAUUGUCAGUGAAAGAAGAAAAUUGAUCUUUUUUCUGAUUACUUUUGAUGGGGCGAAAAAAUCAAACACGAAUGAAACAGCAGCGCUCCAACAUGGCCGGCCGAGGAGGAGGAGCAAAAUCCAACGUAAACAUCGAGGAAGAUGUUCGCAUUGCAAUCCACUAUAUGAUUGACAAAUUCGUGCAGGAUGAAAAGUUAAAUGAGUUUGACUUCCCGGCUUCGUUCACCCGGGAGCACCGAGCAUACAUACACGAUUAUGUUAAAAACAAAUCGCUAAAGUCCAGGUCCCAUGGGAAAGGCAAUCAACGUUACCUGACGAUCUACAAAUCGAACAUUCUGUCUUUAAUCCACGACGAUGCCAGUUUGAAUAUGAGUGAUCAUUCGCGGGAACUUAUCCAAGUUCUGCUGCACAAACAGGGCGGCUUUCAAAAAGAAAUAGCGGAAUCCCACGCACGAAGAAAACUUUUCCCAUGCCUCACCGCGUACAGUUUGAAUCUGGGUUCACCUAACAAUUCUGUCAAAUGCAUCCCGCCACCAUCGAAUUCCAGCCUGCUGGUCAUCCAGGAACGUCACCGCCUACCAAUAGCUCCCUUUCGAGAAACAAUUUUGAAUUGCUUGGCCCAGAAUCAGGUUAUGAUUCUUUCGGGUAGUACUGGCUCGGGAAAAACUACACAAAUUCCCCAGUACAUUUUAGAAUCCAGCGCACAGCGUGGAGAGGCGUGCCGAAUUAUCUGUACACAACCUAGAAGAUUGUCCGCCAUCACGGUAGCCGAUCGAGUCAGUUUUGAGCGGAAUGAGCCCCUCGGUCAAACGGUUGGCUAUCAGAUUCGUUUGGAAAGUCGAUUAAGUCCAAUCACCAACUUGAUAUUUUGUACAAAUGGUGUCCUAUUGCGUUGCCUGAUGGGAAAGAAUGCCAACAGCAUUCUCAACGAUGUAACUCACAUAAUCGUGGACGAAGUGCACGAGCGGGAUCAGUACUCGGACUUUUUGCUCAUCUCGCUCAAGGAAAAAGUCCUACAGCACGCCAACAUCAAGAUAAUUCUAAUGUCGGCAACUAUCGAAUCGAACACAUUCUCACGUUACUUCAACAACUGUCCGCUGAUCGAAAUCCCGGGAAGAUUGUUCCCGAUCGAGAGUUGCUAUCUGGAGGAUGUACUGUACAGGGUAGAUAGCUACAAUACAAAAAUCAAUGACGUCAAGCGACAGUUUAAGAGCACGCCUGAUUUUACUAGGGCGAUGACGCAGAAUCAGCAACGGCCGGAUGUUGUGAAUACGGCUAAUAUGGAUAACGAAACUAUUCUACUGAUGAAUGACAUUCUCGAGCUGUGCUGGAUUGAGAAUAAUCCGGACGAUUUUAACCACUUUUUCUAUUUAGUUGAAGACGAGAACAACCCGAUAAACUUUCAACAUACAGAGACAAAGAUGACGGCACUGAUGAUUGCUGCUGCCAAGGGCUACACCAAUGUGGUUAAGCGUUUGCUGGAAAUGGGAGCUGAUUCGUCUGUGCAAGGCAAACACAAUUUUACCGCUCUUGAUUGGUCAAUCAGCAUUAACGGGCACAGUGCAUGUUCGCAGCUAUUGGAGAUAGCCAAUAAUCCGCCACAGCAGCAGAUUCAAAUGCAGUCUCCGCCUAAGCAGCUUUCGAAAUUACUGCUUGAUGUGUACCAUAGUACGGUGAAUGAUGAGAAAAUUGAUCACCGUUUGAUACUAGAUAUCAUAAUGUAUAUUUGUACUCAGUUGGCACCUGGUGCGAUCUUGGUGUUCCUUCCCGGUUAUGACGAUAUCCUGGAACAGUACGAAACUCUAAACAGCCGACUGAGUGGAGCGAUAAAUUUCAGAAUCUAUAUGCUGCAUAGUAAUAUGCAGACAAAUGAUCAGAAUGCUGUGUUUAAACCUGUUCCUCCGAACACUAGGAAAAUCAUUCUUUCGACAAAUAUUGCAGAAACGUCGAUCACCAUUGACGAUGUGGUUUACGUGAUCGACAGCGGCAAAGUGAAACAGAAACACUAUGAUUCAGUUACAUCCACGACAUCGCUGACAGCGACGUGGAUCUCCCAGGCCUGUGCCACUCAACGAGCGGGUCGAGCUGGACGAACAAAACCUGGUAUUUGCUUCCGACUUUUCACUCGACAGCGUUUCGAAGCCAUGGAUAAAUUUACCCUGCCGGAGAUUCUGCGAGUACCGCUGACAGAAAUUUGCCUACAGACGUCGAUUAUUGCCAGUCAUACAUCGAUUCUGAAUUUUCUUAGCAAAGCCAUUCAACCGCCGUCCACGAUGAGCAUCAAACAGAGUAUUAAACUGUUGCAGAAAUUGGGUGCUCUGGACGACGAUGAAAACCUCACGGAACUGGGACUGAUUCUUGCCGAUCUGCCGGUCGAUGCACGAUUCGGCAAAAUUUUACUGUACGGAAUUUUCCUGAAAUGUAUCGAUCCCAUUCUGACCAUCGUAAGCGCUCUGAGUGUCAACGAUCCGUUCGUACUGCCGACGACUGCUGCCGACAAGGACCGUGCUGCGAAAUCAAAACGCGACAUGGCCGAGGAUUCGUACAGCGAUUGUCUUUGUCUAUUGCGGGCCUUCCAGAAGUGGAAUGAGGUAAAACCAUCGAUGAAGGAGCGUCAGUUUUGCAAUCGUUUCUUCCUCAAUUCGGGCACGAUGGACACUAUCUCGAGCCUGCGGAGUAAGAUUCUUGGCCAUUUGCGGUCGGUUGGACUAGUCAAGAGCUACGGAUCCGGCAAUAUACAGGACAUAAAUCAGUACUCGGACAGCUGGGCCGUAGUAAAAGCUUGCCUAGUGGCCGGACUCUAUCCAAAUGUCUGUCGUGUCGAUAAGGAGAAUGCGACUAUCAAAACACGGAUUGAGAAGAAAAUAAGUCCCCAUCCAAGUUCGGUGAUUAGGGAUAAGUCAUUGAAGAAGAACAAAGAAAGUAUUCUGUCGCUUCCAUCCGAGUGGAUCGUUUUCGAGGAGAAAACCCGGGCUGGGACGCACUGUCUUAUUAAGUGCAAUACGGUUGUGGCGCCUGUUACGAUUGCGCUAUUUUGUGGUCCAAUGUUUCUUGCAGAGGAGGAAUCACUCAUCCCGUGGAAGGAACUGGACGAGUCGAAUUCGGACAACGAUGAACAUGAUAUGUCCGACAAGAGCAAACUGGUUGUAGACGAUUGGAUCAAUUUCGCCGUUGACAGUGAAUUUGGUAUGUCCGUAUUUCACUUCCGACAUAAGUUGAGUGCGCUCUUUCUCAAGUUUAUCAGCAAUCCGAAAGCAUAUCAGCCUCUCGGAAGCGAUUUGUACCUGUUGAAUACGGUAGUUCAGCUACUGGAGGAGGAAGAACGCCACCUCGGAUUUGCCGGCCAUACCAACAUUGGCCAGAAGCCUCGACCUGUGAUACAGAACCAUCUGAACCUGAAUAAUGGGGCGCCGAAUGCGUUCAACUUUUCACCGAAAGAUUUUAAGCAUGGACCAGGUGGAGGUGGAAGCCAUAACAACAAUAAUAAUAACAACAACAAUAACCACGGUGGCAAGAAUCAGAAUCGACAUCAACAGCAUCAUCACGGUGGUGGUGGUGGUGGUGGAGGUGGUGUUGGUGGAGGCGGCGUCGGAGGUGGUGGUGGCGGAUGUGGUAAACAGCAUAACAAUAAAAAACUGGAAGGCAAAACAAGAUAUUUUGUUGUGCAUGCGGCAUCCGUUCAACAGGUCCAGUUGGCAGCAGACAGCCCGGACAGUUGGAGUUUUACCGCGUCACUUCAGCCCAAGCUGACCAAGUUGUUGAAGAAAUCGUCCAAUCUCAGCAUUAUCCUGUUUUUCCACAUAUCACAGAGCAGGUGCUUCUACGGAGCAGGACGGCUCACGUUGGUGACAAACCAAACAAAUCUAAACAUCUUUUCAAAAAGCACAGUCUCGUUUGAAACGUUGAGCAACUUUGAGAAGAGCUUCCUGCGGGGCAGAGUUUUGGAGCAAUACCUCGACGGCGAGGAAUUGUCCCCACUUUCGGGACACGAAUUGUUAGAGUAUUUGAAGUAAUGUUUGAAUAUCGGAAUCCAGUUGCAAUGAUAUUCAGUAAGCAAACAGUUACACACACCGACACGUACACUCUCACACAUAAACAUAUACACUUAAAUACACUCUCAAUACGGAAAAGUAAAAUAAAGAAGAAAAACAACAGAAACAUUCUCACUAUUACCGAAGUAUAAAAGAGGAAGAAUGGAAAACGAAACACGUGGUCAUUUUCUCUUAACCUAGUUUACGAAUUAUAUUGUAUCUUACGUCGAAGAAGUUUGGUCAAGCAGUUGAAUAAACUUUGAAAGUACCGCGCGUAACCCAUUUAAGACACGAUACCUACAAUUCUAAACGGAAGCAAACAAAUGCUACUAACAUUGAUAAAACAGCAAACAGACAGAAAUGUAUCAUUUAAUUUAAAUUAAAUUGUAAAAGUGAAUUAAAGCUGAAAACUUUUAAAGUUAUCAAUGUGAGCAAAAUAA